GUCUGUCUGUCUGUCUGUCUGUCUUUCUUUCUUUCUUUCUUUCUUUUCCCCAACUCCCCUCUCAUUUUCUCGCUUGUGUUGUACACUGUUACACAAACUAAACUGUAUGUCGUCGGAUUUUUUUGAUAAAAGUUCGUGUCAUCAGCAAUAUUUCAUAAUUCGACUAGCACAUAAAUGAUAUUGUCAUUUGUCUUGCAAAGAUUUACAAGCGUCUAAUGCAACAUAGAUAUUUUUAAAGUUACAAAAACGUCUCAAAUUUGAACGAAAUGGCGAACACGGGAGUGUUACCCUUUGUACGUGGGAUUGAUUUUAGCAACAAUGACUUUGGUGAUGGCAAAUUUCCCGAAUCUGUACGCUUAAUGACUGGUAUACAAUGGCUGAAAUUGAACGAGACCAACUUGACCGAGAUUCCAGAAGAAAUGGGCAAACUAUUGAAGCUGGAACAUCUUUCGUUAGUUAAGAACAAAGUGGAACGCUUGUACGGAGAAUUAACUGAACUCUGUUGUCUUCGAACGUUGAACAUAAGACGCAAUAACGUUAAAUCAAGUGGUAUUCCAGCAGAGUUAUUUCAUCUGGAAGAAUUAACUACGUUGGAUUUGAGUUAUAAUAAUUUGAAGGAAGUACCAGAAGGUUUGGAGAGAGCUCGAUCUUUGCUAAAUCUGAAUUUAAGUCACAAUCAUAUUGAGACAAUUCCAAAUACAUUAUUCAUUCAUUUAACUGAUUUGCUAUUUCUGGAUCUUAGUAAUAAUAAGUUGGAAACAUUACCACCGCAAACUCGCCGCUUAGCAAAUUUACAGACUUUAAACUUGAAUCAUAAUCCAUUAGGACACUUUCAAUUAAGACAAUUACCAUCUUUGAUGAAUUUAAUAGCUCUACAGAUGCGUGAUACGCAAAGGACAUUGAACAAUAUUCCAUCGAGUUUGGAGACCUUGACAAAUCUGCAAGAACUUGAUUUGUCGCAAAAUAAUUUACCUCGGGUACCAGACGCGCUUUAUUCUUUGUUAAACUUGCGUCGCUUGAAUCUAAGUGAUAAUCAAAUAACUGAAUUGUCAACAGCAAUUGAGCUUUGGACAAAAUUGGAAACAUUAAAUAUCUGUCGUAAUAAAUUAACCACGAUACCUGCCUCUCUCUGUAAAAUCGUUACUCUCAGGAGAUUAUAUUUAAAUGAUAAUCAAUUAGAUUUUGAUGGUAUUCCUUCAGGCAUUGGCAAACUAUCGUCGUUGCAAGUAUUUUCAGCAGCUAAUAAUCGUUUAGAAAUGAUACCCGAAGGUUUAUGCAGAUGUGGAUCGUUAAAGAAAUUAAUACUAUCCUCUAAUCGACUGAUUACCGUACCAGACGCUAUACAUCUUCUCAACGAUCUGGAACAACUCGAUUUGAGAGAUAAUCCGAAUUUAGUAAUGCCACCAAAACCAAUGGAAGUUCAAAAAGGUUCUGGCAUAGAAUUUUAUAACAUUGAUUUUUCUUUACAACAUCAAUUACGACUUGCUGGCGCCAACGUUCCUACGCCUGUUCAAACUUCUGGUAGCAAGGAUCCGAUAGCUCGCAAAAUGAGAUUAAGAAGAAGACGAGACCAAGAAGAGGCUGAUCAAGAUCAAGCUAAGAUAUUAAAGGGUAUGAAGGAUAUAGCAAAGGAAAAAAAUAAAGACAAAGAAUGUGAAGAAUCGAAAGCAGAAUCGUUAAAACCCAAACGAUGGGAUGAAACUCUAGAAAAACCACCAUUGGAUUAUUCUGAAUUUUUUGACGAAGAUGCUGGUCAGGUUCCUGGUUUAUCUGUAUGGGAGAUAGAGAAUUUUUUACCCAAUGAAAUAGAAGAGGUGGCACAUGGAAAGUUUUACGAAGGUGAUUGCUACAUCGUUUUAAAAACCGAAAUGGAUGAAGCUGGUUCCCUAGUUUGGGCAAUUUAUUUCUGGAUAGGGGAAAAAGCUACGUUGGACAAAAGAGCUUGUGCUGCGAUUCAUGCGGUAAACCUACGUAACUACUUGGGUGCACAGUGUCGUACUAUUAGAGAAGAACAAGGCGAAGAAUCCGAUGAAUUUCUAAUGUUGUUCGAGUCUGGCAUUACGUACAUUGAAGGAGGUCGCACCUCGUCCGGUUUUUACACUGUCGAAGAUACGCAGCCAUCGAUAACACGAUUGUAUAGGGUACAUGCUGCCGGUGCUUCGAUCCAUUUAGAACCGGUUCCUGUUCGUUUUGAUUCUUUGGAUCCGGGAUUCGUGUUCGUCCUGGAUACUGGCAUCAAGAUUUUCAUAUGGUAUGGCAAAAAAGCGAAAAGUACGUUGAAGUCAAAAGCCAGAUUAAUGGCCGAGAAGAUUAAUAAAAACGAAAGGAAAAAUAAAGCAGAAAUUAUAACGGAAAUUAUGAAUACGGAAUCGGACGAUUUUUUGUUGUGUUUAAAUGUCAAAGAUGUUUCUCACGUGCCAACGAUUACUGAACGUGAAGAUGCAAAUUUUAUACCGCUUACGCCACGUCUGUAUCAAGUACAACUUGGCAUGGGUUAUUUGGAAUUGCCACAGAUUGAAGUACCUCAUGGGAAAUUAAUCAACACACUUUUAAACAAUCGCAACGUUUACAUAUUGGAUUGUCAUGUAGAUGUUUAUGUUUGGUUCGGUAAAAAAUCUACGAGGUUAGUACGAGCAGCGGCUGUUAAACUUUCCCAAGAGCUGUUUAACAUGAUAGAACGACCAGAGUAUGCAAUGGUAACUAGGUUGCAAGAAGGAACUGAAUCACAGAUCUUCAAAUCAAAAUUUGCUGGGUGGGACGAAGUUAUAGCAGUUGAUUUUACUAGAACUGCAGAGUCAGUCGCGAAAACUGGUGCAGAUCUAACUAAAUGGGCGAAACAACAAGAAACAAAGGCUGAUCUAGCUGCGCUCUUCAUGCCGAGACAACCGCCUAUGUCGUUUACUGAAGCUCAACAAUUAAUGUCAGAAUGGAACGAUGAUUUAGAGGCUAUGGAAGCGUUAGUUUUAGAAGGAAAAAAAUUUGUACGAUUGCCAGAAGAAGAAUUGGGACAUUUUUACAGUGGUGAUUGUUACGUGUUUUUAUGUCGUUAUUGGAUGCCAUUAGAUACGACAGAAAAUGAGGAUGGCGAUGAGCAAUUCGAAGAGGAUUAUCAGUGUACAGUGUAUUUUUGGCAAGGUAGAGACGCCGGAAACAUGGGAUGGCUGACAUUUACAUUCAGUUUACAGAAAAAAUUUAAAUCUUUAUUUGGCGAAAAUUUAGAAGUUGUUAGAACUCAUCAACAACAAGAAAAUUUAAAGUUCUUGGCUUACUUCAAAAGAAAAUUUAUUGUUCAUCAUGGUAAGCGUAAACAGCCUAAAGCUUCUGGUAGUAACAAAGUUGAAUUUUACCACUUAAGAAGUAAUGGAAGUGCAUUGUGCACCAGACUGAUACAAAUACCGGCUGAUUCUACGUUACUGAACUCUUCGUUUUGUUAUAUUUUAAAUGUUCCAUUCAAUAACGACGACGAAACAGGAAUAGUAUACGCCUGGAUUGGUUCCAAAGCAGACAGUGAGGAAGCACGUUUAAUUCAAGAAAUCGCCGAAGAAAUGUUUAAUAAUCCAUGGAUAAGUUUACAAGUUUUAAACGAAGGUGAAGAGCCGGACAAUUUCUUUUGGGUAGCUCUUGGUGGAAAAAAACCGUACGACACCGAUGCAGAAUAUAUGAAUUAUACGAGACUGUUCAGAUGUUCAAACGAAAAAGGAUAUUUUACGAUCAGCGAAAAAUGCACUGAUUUUUGUCAGGAUGAUUUAGCGGAUGAUGAUAUUAUGAUACUCGAUAAUGGCGAACAAGUAUUUUUGUGGUUAGGCAGUCGAUGUUCGGAAGUAGAAAUUAAAUUGGCAUAUAAGUCUGCUCAGGUAUAUAUCCAACAUUUACGAGUAAAACAGCCAGACAGACCACGUAAAUUGUACUUAACAGCGAAAGGAAAAGAAUCUCGAAGAUUUACCAAAUGCUUUCAUGGUUGGAGUUUGCACAAAAGACCACCUCAGUAAAAUAUUUAAUGCAAUAUACAAAAAAUUGUAAAAUCUAUGUUAUUAAUAGACUGCGAAAUUUUUUGCAUUUAAAAAAAAUUGAAGUAUGAAAAAUGGAUGCAAAUGCAAAUAAUAUGUAAUAAUAUAUAAAAUAUUUAAAAUACAAUGCUUCUUU